AAAUAUCAUAGUCAAUUAGUGGCGUGCACUAUUAAAAUUUCAUUUAUUUGGAAACGGGCGCUCAAUAUCGAGACAGCCGCCGAUACGAGCGCUAUCAUUGGCGCUUUGCGUCAAUCGAUUUUUUCAUUAUUAUUAUUCCUUAUCGCUCGGCUUACAUAGUGGCUGGCACUGAUGGAUUGCCCCGUCGACGAGACAGACAUUUAGAACUCACGAGAUCUUCGUAGAAUAGACGCCAAGGACGUCGCAACAUAUUUCUGUAGCAUUUAAAGCGAAGUGUCCAUCUUCAAAUGACCACAAAAAAGUUCAGAAGAUUCAAAUUCUAACUUUCGAGAGCAAGUGAAGUGAUAAGAUUCAAAUUCUAACAUUCGAGCAAGUGAAGUGAUAAAGAAAAAGAGUCUUCACAUAUCGUUUAUAAUUUAUUUUCAUCGAAACUUAACACAUGAAGUUAACAUCAAAACACUGUGAUAACAUAAUUUACUCAACAAAUAGAUAACAGUGCAAAGGUUCUACUUGUUUUUAAGACGCCUAAUAUUGCAAUAUUUUUUUAGUAUUUGAUGCAACAAUAUGUAUGAUAUGAUCAAAUUAUCGUAAUACGAAAGAACGCGAUAUUGUAAGAAGUGUAAGUUAUAUACAUCAACGUGAAGAUUGUACGGAUAUCUGUUAGUACAAAAAAUAUUUCAACAUGUCUUUUCUUAACGAGAUGAUAAUGUUGGCAUACACAGCCCAAAUGAUGUCUACCUUGCCUGAAAAAGGAGGGAAUAUUAGUGUAGCUCAGAAUACUACAACUUUGUCGCCGAUGGAGGUGGAGAACAAAUUUGAUUUCGACGACCAAUGGUAUAUGUGGCGAUGUUAUGAGCCGUUCGGAUGCUUUUAUAUUGGACCACCCUGGUCUGGAGAGGAUCGACCAGUGUCUACAUUUCCCGCAAGACCGGACAGUAUCGAUCCUCAUUACAUCCUUUAUACACGCGAACAGGCUGGAAAACCUUAUGAAUUGAAGAUCGAUGGAAAUUCAACGAUCCGGAAAUCGCCCUUGAACAAGAAAAACAAUUUGUAUUUCAUUAUCCACGGAUUUCUGGACAACGGUGACAAAACUUGGGUCUUAAGAGUAAUGAAGGAGUUGCUGUUGCGGGAGGAUUGCAACGUCGUGAUCGUUAAUUGGCUUGCCGGUGCUGGACCACCCUACACACAAGCGGUGGCGAACACACGGCUAGUGGGUGCUAUGACAGCUCGUAUAGCAGCACUACUAAUUGAGAUCACGGAAUUACUACCUUCGAAAAUGCAUUGCAUUGGCCAUAGUCUAGGCGCUCACACUUGCGGUUACGUCGGAUUCCACUUACGCGUUCGAUACAACUAUACACUAGCUAGAAUUACAGGUCUUGAUCCGGCGGAACCGCACUUUAGCAAUACACAUACAAUGGUCCGGCUUGAUCCAACGGACGCAAACUUCGUGACAGCCAUUCAUACCGAUUGUGAUCUCUUUAUUAGCGGUGGCCUAGGCAUUAGCCAACCCGUUGGUCACAUUGAUUUCUAUCCGAAUAGCGGUCGCAAUCAGCCUGGCUGUAAUGAGGGUGUGUUGAAUUCCAUUACUUUGGAACGCGGCAGUUUCAUUCGUGGUAUUAAGAGAUUUCUAGGAUGCAAUCAUAUUCGUAGCUACGAGUACUUCAUUGAAAGCAUAAAUACACCGUGCCCAUUCUUAGCCGUGCCGUGCAGUUCGUGGGAGAAAUUUCAUGAGGGCAAUUGUUUCGACUGCGUAAAUCAAUAUUGUCCUAGAUUCGGACUGGACGCUCAGCCUGGAAAUUACCACGCAUCUGUAUAUUUGAUGACCGGAUCGGAUAAACCAUUCUGUAAAGCUCACUAUAAGCUGACGAUAAAUAUCUCAAAGACGAACGAAAGUUUGUUACACGGCGGAGAGAUCGGAUUAUUCGUUGUACGCGUAAUCGGCAUAAACGGUAAAAAGACCGAAGAGAUGCAGCUGAGUCCAACCUCGAAGUAUUACGAGCCUGGUAGUACGCACACCAUCGUACUACCUGGCGAUGUUGUCGGAAAGCCGCACUCAGUGGAAAUUACCUGGAAAUAUGAGACCCGAGUCUGGAACCCACUGACAUGGAGACUGUUCCAGACGCCACGGGUUUACAUCGAUAUGCUGACUGUAAAAAACCUGGAGACUGAUCAUGGGGUCACGCUAUGUCCAGAUAAUACGAAAGCGCUAAUCACUAACAAACCUAAGAUUCUUACUACGGAUAAUUGUCGCAACAUGGAACACAACACAAAUUUCAUAUGAAGAACCAAUAAAAUCCACGCGUAUUCAUUUUUUC